AUGUGUAUUAUCAACUGCAUCGCCCCAAUAUUAACUGUAUUACAUCGCAUUAGACGCUCUUCUGUUUCUUAUUUUACUCUGUCAUCUCAGCUUGUUGACGCAGCCACUUCGCUUUCCUCCACCUCCUCCGUUCUCUCCCCAGCAACCGCCCAAGCCCUUUCUGUCCUCAGCCUCUCUCGACACCAUGCACACAAGCGAGUACGACUACCUCUUCAAAGCUCCUCCUCAUCGGUGACUCCGGUGUCGGCAAGUCUUGCCUGCUUUUGCAUCCGUACCAUUGAGUUGGAGGGAAAGACCGUGAAACUGCAAAUCUGGGACACCGCUGGUCAGGAGCGCUUCCGCACUAUCACGUCAUCAUACUACCGUGGUGCUCAUGGUAUCAUCGUCGUCUACGACGUGACGGAUAACGACACCUUCACGAACGUUAAACAGUGGCUCCAAGAAAUCGACCGAUAUGCGUCGGAGGGAGUGAACAAGCUGCUUGUUGGCAACAAGUCUGAUUUGACGGGCAAGAAAGUUGUCGAGUACAGUGUCGCGAAGGAAUUCGCGGACCAGUUGAACAUCCCCUUCUUGGAGACAUCCGCAAAGAAUGCGACGAAUGUAGAGCAGGCUUUCUUGACCAUGGCUAAGCAAAUCAAGGACCGCAUGGGCUCCAGUUCGACACCCUCAGGGGCGGCCAAGUCAUCGACCGUCACUCCUGGCCAGACUGUACAAUCUCAGCAAGCUGGUGGUUGCUGCUAG